AUGAUGGAUUACAGCUCAGAUCGUGGCUAUGAUGACUCGUACCGUCGUGACAUACAAGACGAACAGCUACCACCGCAGGAUUACGAAGUGGAGACUGUUGAUGACCGGAGGAGCGGUGGGAUGCAGAUGAAGCAAUCCGUUGAGCAUCGCCAUUCUUCUUCGUCCAUGUCUUCUCCUGGGAAACUGUUCGUUGGUGGAGUUUCUUGGGAAACAACAGAAGAGAAAUUUGCGGAUUACUUUGGGAAGUUUGGAGAAGUUGUCGACUCUGUAAUCAUGACAGAUAGAAUGACUGGAAAGCCAAGGGGGUUUGGGUUUGUAACUUUUGCUGAUUCAGCUGUUGCAGAGAAAGUUUUGGAGGAAGAUCAUGUAAUUGAUGACCGAAAGGUUGACCUAAAAAGGACAGUUCCUAGAGGGGACAGGGAUAAUGAUAUCAAAGCGGUCUCAAAGACGAGGAAGAUCUUUGUUGGUGGACUUCCACCAUUUUUGGAACAAGAUGAACUGAAGAAGUAUUUCUGUGUAUAUGGUGACAUAGCUGAGCAUCAGAUCAUGUACGACCACCACAGUGGAAGGUCAAGAGGGUUUGGUUUUGUAACUUUUGAGACUGAAGACUCUGUGGACAGACUUUUCUCCGAUGGGAAAGUUCAUGAGCUCGGUGACAAACAGGUCGAAAUAAAGAGAGCUGAACCAAAGAGAACCGGGAGAGAUAACAGCUUUCGUGGCAAGUAUGAUCAGGAAGAUUGUUAUGGUGGGAAUGUGAAAGCAAAUGAUAACUACAAUAUGUAUUCGGGUUAUGGUGGUUAUGGCGGUUAUGGAGCCUACGCAGGGAACCCGAUGGUUAACACUGGAUUUUAUGGUUACGGUGGUGGGUAUGGCUAUGGUUAUGGGUAUGGAGGUCAAAUGUUUAACCUUGGCUAUGGAGGUGGCGGUUAUAGCCAUAUGGGUGGUGGUGGCUAUGGUGUUGCCGCUGCUGCUGCUGCUUAUGGAGGUGGAAAAGCUCAUGGAAACGGCAACAGCGGCUCAAGCGGUGGCAGAGGGAAUGGGACUAAUGGUUCAGGACCAGGUCGAUACCAUCCUUAUCAGAAGUAA